AGUCAAAGCGGGGCGGUGAUGCUGCGGUUUUGUUUUUGUUUUGUGCCCAAAUCCAGAUGACGCGGUGAGGGGCAGUACCCAGAGGGGAUGCGGGAACGGGGCCGGCGGCGAGGGCAGCGAUGCUCAGCAAACACCUCAGUGCACACGGCCAUCACCCAGAAGUGAUUGCAGGUCUGCCUCCACGUGCUCUAUGCCGAUGCUCAGCAGGUGAGAAUGGGAGGAGACCCCUAAAGCCAGGUUGGCCUUCUGUCCUGCAUCCUGCUCGCCUGCCCUACACGGAGUUCAGCCAGCGUUGGCAAACACACCAAGGAGGGUCUAACCCCUGUCUGUGAUGCUGUGGGACCUCCCCUGGCAUUCUUUGCAGUUGGUACUUGGAUAGGAUCCUACUUGUCAGCAUGAAAGGAAAAGCUGCACACUGUGACUGGAAAUGUGCAGCCCAGAGGAAGGCCUCUCCCUGCGAUCGAUACAAACACGCCUGUGUUGUCUGCAGAGGAUUUGUUUAUCUCUAUGGAGGGCGAAACACCACCAGUCUCAGAGAUUUUUGGCGGUACAAUAUAGCAAGGAAUGAAUGGGAAAUGCUGGACUGCUCAGGAGAUGGACCAGAAGAACUGGAAGAACAUUCAAUGGUGGCUUAUAAGGGCACCCUGUAUAUUUUUGGUGGAAUGGUAGAUUCUGCCUUCACACAAGCAAAAACCCCUCUCUGGAUAUAUGACACAGAUUCUGCAAGAUGGACAGAGGGCCACGACGUACCAGCAGAGAUGGAGAGUUUGGCACCUACUAACAGAAAAGGCCACAGUGCAGUGGUAUACUGUGCCAGCAUGUACAUCUAUGGGGGAUAUGUUGGCAUCAGAGGCAUUUCACAGGAAUUCUGGACUUUCCAUUUUGAUACAAGAAAAUGGCUAUAUGUUUCCACCCUAUCUCACAGCACUGGCCCAGGACCUCGGCACGGUCAUUCGGCAGUAGUUUAUCGUACAGCCAUGUACCUCUUUGGAGGACUGGCGGGGCUGAGUGAACAGAAAGAUUUAUGGAAGUGGGACUUUGGAAACAGCAGCUGGUAUAACAUCAGAACAAGCCAAGGACCUCCUCCAGCAGUAGGUCAUGCUUCAGUAGUCUUCAAAGACUCAAUGCUGGUUUUUGGUGGAGGGAUUUCCAACUCCAGUCCUAAUGAAGACUUCUGGAAAUACCAUUUCCAUACACAGACGUGGAAGAAGCUAAGUGGCAUUACAAAGGCAAACUUCUCUCCUAAAACAUAUCACUGCAUGCUAGGAAUUGGCGUUGGCUUUCAAACUACCUCAGAUUUCACUCCAUUCAAUACAUUCUCCAGUCACUGGAAGAGUAGGACGGAGCACCGCCAGCUGGUGACCAUCCCAAAGCACUCCCACUUCUGCAGCUACUUCCGCCAGCAGCCUGCAUACCGAGCGUUCAGCAACGAGGACAGUGGUGCCAUUGAAAUGAAAACCUUUAGCUUCCCUCUGGAGCCAGUGGGCUUUUGUGCAUUUCAAACCUCUUCAGAGGUGGAAGUAGAUCCAAAGAGAGCAACAAGCAUUUUGACAAAGGACAGGUCUGCCCCUCUGUUUCUCUCUUCUGAAAAAGAGACUUUUGCUGCUGCUGUGCUUGUGGAACAAGAGGAGGGAACCAACCGUCAGCAUGCAGCUGCAGGAGAUGAAGUUAGCGGCGAUGCCAAUGUGCUGCUGCUCAUUGGAGGCAAACCUUUGUCCAGCUUCUCUGAAAUCUCAUUCUGGCAAAUGAGCUUAGAUAGCUUGUCAUCCCUUUGAAUGCAAAGCAAAAGGACAAAUCCCCACCAGUGUGCUACGAGGCAACAAACCAACCAAACAGUGUUUUCAGUUUUCUGUCAGCUCACUGGGAAAAGAACAAAACCUUCUCACACAAUGCUAUGCACAGAUUUUUUUUACAAUGUGAACAAAAACCUCUCUAUACACUUAAGCCACAAAUGACAUAAAAAUUGCAGUUCCCAGGAGCUUGUUGGAACUUUGCUGCCAUUGUUACUUUUCCCUUCUGAUCACCUAACAACAUUAAGUCACUGUGGCUGAUGCUGCCACAGAUCAGAUCUGCAGUAACC